CAGGCAUCAGCAGCGGGACAAGUUGACUGCAACACGGCGCCGUUCAUUCAUGUUUCCACGCAGCAGGCAUGCUUCACGGAGCCUCCGGUGCUGCCGCCGCCGUCUGGAAGCCGAGUUGUUCCACUUUGCUCGGCCCCGUUUCUGAAACUUUUCACGGCAGCGACACUAUGGACCCGCUGUGGACGGACACCGGCGCUCCGGUGCGGCAUGCAAAUACGUACUCUGACGUCGGCGAUCAUGUGGCUUUUGGCGUAGAUCCUCCUUGUGAUCGCCGAUGUUCUCUUUCCUGUCGCCUGUUGUCUGCGUGGUUACCGGACCGCCGCCGCAGCGUUUAGCCCGGGUCCUCCUCGUUUCUUGUUUACUAGUCGCUUUUGGGAUUGUAUCGCGCUACCUGAGCACCGCGCCAAAACAUCGGGGCAGGUAGCAUCCUGUCAUGAAGUUCCAGGAGGUCAGCCAGCUUUGGAGCUGACACUGUCAGUGAGCCCGGCAUAAACUGCACCAUAACAGUCCCAUCUCUACCAGACCUUCACCCUUUACUGCCCUCCUCUCUAAUCUUACUCCUGGGGAAAACUGUUCUUUAGACUCCUUGGCUGCUCACUCCUAUCCCAGAAACUGUCCUUUGCUCUUCAGCUCUCCUAAUACAAAAGAGAGCCAGGCCUGUAUCUGGGUCCAAUACGAGCCAGGCCUCCUGGCUGUUCCUCGGUACCAGAAACUGUUUAUCCACACACCACUCUGUGAUAGCAGUCCGGCAUUCUGCACCCUGGGCCCCUCAGCCUCCUUAAUAUCAUCUCUGGCCGAGCACAGGCACCAAGUGAGGGCAGCUGUCCAGCCAUACAAACCCAGGACCCAUCAUCAUGUCCAGUCGACGGAAAGCCUCCACUCCCUUGAUGAUCCGACCAGAGCGGACCAUGGUGGAGCUGGAUGAUGACGCGGAGGAAGACAUGGAGACAAAAACGGAGAACCAUACCGAGGAGAGGCCUAUGGAAGCAGAUCUCCCAACAGAGACGGAGUUAGACCUGAGGGGCAAGGACUUGGCCCCUCCCAUCGGUCCAGACAAACCAGCAGCAGAGCCACCAGACCUGUCCAAGCCUCAGCGUAGACAGCAGGGGGGCUACGAGUGUAAAUACUGCCCCUUCUCCACGCAGAACCUCAACACUUUCAAAGAACACGUUGAUGCCAACCACCCUAACGUCAUCCUCAACCCGCUGUACCUGUGUGCUGUCUGUAACUUCAACACAAAGAAGUUCGACACACUGACAGAACACAACGAGAGGUGUCAUCCAGGGGAGAGCAACUUUAAAUUCAAACGCAUCAAAAUGAACAAUCAGACAAUCUUGGAACAGACAAUAGAGGGGUGCAGUAACAAUGCAUUCAUUUACAACACGACCAGCACCGUUUGUGGCAAAGGGGACGAACUAGGCACUCUGCCACUCAGCAAACCCACCACAGUCAAGAUCGGUAAACCAAAAAUAAUGUCGUUGGAUAAUAAACGGACAGAUCUGGCUAAGAAACCAAUCACAGCGGUCAAUGUGAACGGGACGGUCAUCAUCCCCGAGUCGACUCUACUCAAAGCAGAAGGCCUUUCUCACAUCAUGCCUUCCCUACAGCGGCCUCUAAACUACACUCAGGUGCCGAAGAUCGCAGUGCCCCUCAACACAACCAAAUACAACCCCACGCUGGACGACAACCUGACGCUCAUCUCUUCCUUCAACAAGUUCCCCUACCCAACACAGGCUGAGCUCUCCUGGCUCACUGCAGCCUCAAAACAUCCAGAGGAGCAAAUCAAAGUCUGGUUCACCACCCAGAGGCUCAAACAGGGCAUAAGCUGGUCACCUGAGGAGGUGGAAGAAGCCAGGAAGAAAAUGUUCAACGGAACAAUCUCCUCUGUGCCUCAGACCUUCACCGUGGUAGCUUCUCAGCUUAAUUCCCAAUCAUCCAACUCAUCCACUGCAGCCUCCAAAGCCAUGCAGUCUGCAGCCUCAGUCCUGCAGUCCCUCCCCUGUCAGCUGCUGGGACAGACAAGCCUGGUGCUGACUCCUGUAGCCAACGGCUCCACUGUCACUUGUGCACCGCUGGCACUCACCGUGGCUAACCAGGUGGCACAGUCGCUCAAACGACCCCUGUCCUCCCCUGUGAUCGCCACGGAGAGUAAACGACCGUCCAUCAUUCAAACCAUCUCAGCGCCCAUGGUCACGUCCAAGCUGGCAUCACCCAAAGUUCUGAGUUUUACAGUUGACCCCAACAAAACAGCGGAGCAGUUAUCAGUACUGAGGUCCAGCUACACACAGUGUCCUUUCCCCGAGGAAGAUGAGAUCUACAGGCUGAUAGAGACCACCGGGCUGUCCAGAGGAGAGAUAAAGAAGUGGUUCAGUGAACAGAGGCUCCUUAAUCUGAAAGGUGUUCCUCCACCUCCAGUGCUGGUGAAAGCAGAGGUGACACCAGCACCCAAAGACGCCCCUAUAAAGAAAGCAGUCCCCAACCAGUUUCCCCUGCUGGAGAGGGUGAAGGGGAAGUCAUCAGAACAGCUCAAGGCGCUGGAGGAGAGUUUUCAGAGAAGCGGCUCUCCAACAGAGGCGGUGCUAGACCAGCUGGCCCAGGAGACCAGGCUGUCUAAGACGGAGGUGGACUGCUGGUUUUCAGAGCGCCGGGCGCUGAGGGACAACAUGGAGAAGGCUCUACUCACCAUGUCUUCAAAGAACACAGAGGACAGAGCAGACUGGUCCGGAGCGCUGCUGAAUGGGACUUCACAUCGAGAGCAGAGCGGGAAACCUCUACGCUCUCCUCAUCCACCUGUCCUCUCCUCUUCCUCCUCCUCCUCCUCGUCCUCCCCUCCUGUGCUCGCAGCCUCCUCCCCACAUCCGCCAACCCUCUCCUCCUCGGCAUCCCCUCCCAUCCUCACUUCAUCAUCCUCCUCUUCUCCCCAUCCUCCCAUCCUGUCGGCCUCCACCAGCCCGGCUCCCAUUACCAGCCGCUCCCUCAGCCUUCUCAGAGAGACUUUCUGUCGGACUCGGUGGCCAUCUCCUGAGGAGUACAGCCAGCUGGAGGUCCAAACAAGCCUCGGACGCACCGACAUUGUCCGCUGGUUCAAGGACCACCGCUCAGCACUGAAGAAAGGUGAAACCAUGGACUGGAUGGAAAGUUUCCAAAACCAAAACCUUGUGGAGCAGCAGAGAGCGGGCCAGGAUCAGAAUGGCCAGAGUUCUGAGAAAAAACAGAGUGUUUCCUCUGAAGUCAAGGCUGUGAAAGUGGAGGCUGGUGAGAACACAGCAGCUGCUACAGAGCACUCCAAGCUGUCUGACCAAGACAAAGUCCAGUGGUUGACUGGCAGAUUAGCCCACAGUGUGACAGACCUGAGCCGGACCAGACCGGACCAAACCAGCUCCAGCACUGCUGACAAAGGGAGGUGGGUACAGGUGACUGUGGCAGUGGGAGAGGAGGGUGAAGCAGGAGUGGAAAGACAGAGGCUGGCAACAGACAGUGAAGUUCUCUCCCUGGAGCAACCUGGGCGGGUCACUGGUUGAUAGUCGAGUAAAUCAUUGACUGCUAAGUCACAGACCAUCAUGCACCGACUCAAGAUGACUGAAUGUUGAUCCAGUAAUGUAACUGUCUGUAAUGUCAUCACAAAGCACCAGGGACUUUGUAGUUCCACUGACUGACAUGUGGUGCAGAUGCUGACAUUAAGAGGAGUGCCAAAGCUGGACUUGAUGCAUUGUUCUUACUACUACUUUUUUUUUUUUUUUUUUAUUAUUAUUAUUAUUAUUAUUAUUAAACAAGCACCCUUGUAAAUAUUUUUCUGUAUUACAAAAAAAGGAGUUUGUACAGUUUUACUGAGAGGGCACGUUUUGUUACAUAAAAAAAAAAAAAAAAAAAAAAGAAGUCAUGACAAAACCUAGAAUGUUUUUUUGUUGUUUUAAGAUCAAAAUGUAUAAUAGUGUCUUAUUUGCUGAAAAUUAGUCCUAUUUUUCUGAAAAUCAUACCUGCGCACUACUCAUUAUGAGUAGUCUUUGAUAGCACUUGUGUAUAUCCCCUUGGUAGUGAUAGAUAUGUACAUACUAGGCCACUUCCUCUCAAGCUGGAACUUUUCCUUUUCUCCUGCAGCGUCACCUUGGUUCUCACUCAUAGAAUUACGCUGACGAAGGUGGAAAUCACUCAGAAGUGCUUGAGGGGCAGCUAGGAGUGACUGUGUUUUGGGCAAUCUGAACACAUAACAUGAUAUUGAAAUGAUUGAUCAUGCAGAGAAGAGAGUGGAGUGUCUGUUUGAUCACACCAUGCUGCCUUUUCUGCUCUCUUAUCUGACAUUUGCCGUCUGUCUCAGAACUGGUACGGUACAGACCGGUGACCAUGAUUUCAUAUUAUUAUGAUUAAUAUUCUUGGUUGACCUGCCAAGAACAUUUUGGAGAACGUGUUUCACCCAUGAUCAAAUAACUGAAGCUCCUGUGAACACGCCAAUUGGCUUCUCUCUAAUCUUUCUGGUUAUAGGAAGGUCCUUCUGUUCAAAGCUGGAUUGGAGUUAGUUGAUUUCUGUACAGCCAGUUUAGAACACCUGAAAUGGUGGUUCAUGAAUCUCCUGAGAGAAAUAAUCAGUCUUGUGCUGAUUUUCUGACUGCGGGAAAAGCAUUGGAAUAUCACAACAGCCAAAGCUGUCAUGAACUUCUUGCAUGCGCUUCAACAAUUUUCAUUUUUAAAUGCUCACUCUCAAAAAUUAUUUAAAUGGGAUAUGUGAUUUAUGGGUCAAAUUGCAAGCGCUUGCAGUAUUUGUGCAGCAAAAAUAAAGUCUCUUAACCCUGGUUUGAACAGCAGGUGUAUGGCUGUGUGAUGCUGCUUUAGUUUCAUAUUCAGACAAGUAUCUGGGAUACUGUACAUUUGGUUGGCUAGAAUGGAAAACAGCUUGCAUUUUUCAUUUUCUACUUUAAGUCUGCUGUAACUCAAUAAAUACACAACCAACUUCAAAACUGCCUUGGUCUUUCAGUGUAAACUAUGUUCAUAAAAAAAGCUGGGUUUUUAAAGGGUGACUGCUUAAGAUUGCUUGUUUACUUCAGUACAAAGUUUUGUUUGGUUAAGUU